UUGUUUCGAGGUGGCAGCACUGACCACAACUUGUCAGCUGAUUACGAUUUGGUAAUGUUGGUAGUUAGUAUUGGUAAGUUGUAAAAAAACCCGCCUAAGUAAUAUUUCCAAAAAUAAGUUUUGUUGCUUCCUUAUAUGUUGGACGAGAUAUAAUAGAAAUUAUACUACUAUAUACUUUUAAAAAUGCAUUAUAUUCAGAAGUGUGUAGAAAAAGUGUCAAGUUUUAGAUCUAACAAAACACACGGCAAACUAAGCAACUCUAAUAUUCUUCUCUAUUGUAAUUAUUACAGUUUCUAUUCGCAAAAGGUUUUGAUGGCACUUUACGAAAAAAAUAUUGAAUUUGAACCGAUAGUAAUCGAAAUCACUAAGGGCGAACAAUAUUCUUCAUGGUUCUUAGAUAUAAAUCCUCGUGGAGAGAUCCCCGUACUCAAAUUAAACAAUGAGAUUAUACCAGAUUCUAGCAGAAUAAUAGAUUAUUUGGAAUCAAAUUUUGAUCCAGAAAAUCCCUCUCUUAUAAAUGUUUCAAGUGAUAAAAAGGUUUUAGAGAGAAUAAACAAGUUUCGUGAUUUAAUUGAAGCAUUACCCGCAGGAGUUAUAACUGUGGGCUCAUUUUGUCAUCCUCAUCUUUGUGGAAGUCCAAAAUUACCUUUUAUAUUGCCAGUUAGAGAAGUACUUAAAACUGGUGAUUUGGCAAGUUCUAAAAACUUGCGCAAGUUGGCUGAGGGGAAUCCUAAAGCACGUGGGAUAUUGUUGUAUAAAGCAGAGAUACAAGAUAGAAAACAUGAAAUUCUUUCUAAUGAGGAUGAAUACCUUAAAGUUCUGAAUAUUGUUGAUCAGGUUUUAUCACAUGUUGAGGAAGAAUUAAAAACUCAAAAUGAAGGUGACUGGUUAUGUUGUGAACACUUCACAAUUGCAGAUAUUAACUUAGCAAUCCUACUUCAAAGAUUAUGGGAACUUGGGUUUGAAGGAAGAUUUUGGUCAGGAGGAAAACGUCCUUUGCUAGAGAAAUAUUUUGACCGUGUAAAACAAAGAGAUUCAUUUAAACAAACAAUACCAAAUUUGCCAUUUCAUAUAAAAAUGAUAAUCAUGUCACAACCAGCUAGCUAUGUGGGUACUGCAGGAGCUUUAUCUGUUGGUGCUGUUCUAGCCUUGGUUUACAUCUUUAAAAAAUUGGUUUUUUAAUAUGUUUGGUGUGUAUUUGGAAAUUAACAUUAAAGUAAAGGCAAUUAACAUUGAAAAAUAACAUUUUCCUAAUGGUAAUUGCUUAUACUUGGUUUAUAAUAAAAAUUAUGUAGGAAAAUAUUAGCAACAAUAGAAGUUUUUUGAAAUAUUUUACAUUUAGAAUCUAACAAAUAACCCUUAAUCAAGUAAUAAAAAAGGAAGGAAUAAUUGUAAUAAAAAAAACAUUGCUCUCAGUAGUAAUAAAUUUUUAUU